AUGUCAGCAGCACCGCCGAAAGACAGUCCUCGAAAAGGGACGCCGCAAAGGCAAACCCGCGGCCUCGUGACUUCGACGCCGCUCGAACGUAGUUCACCGGGUCCUUCGGUACAGGAACCUCCUGAGACGCCCGAAAGACCAGUGAGUCCAGGGCUUGUAGUUCGUGAAAGCGAAAAACAACUAUCCUUGUUGAACAAUCGACUCGCGGCAUACAUCGAACACGUGAAUGAACUUCAAGGCGAAAACCAACGUCUCACAUUGAGCAAACGAAGGAUUGAAGAGAAGUCGACAACAGAAAUAAAGACAUUGAAGGGAACCUUCCAAAAAGAGAUCGAAGCGCUUCGAAAACUCGCGGAUGAAGAAGCGAAACGUCGCGCGACCGCGCAAGCCGAGACCGACAAUUUCCGAAAACAGAUCGAACGUACAAACGUACUUGCGAAUCAACUUCGAAGCGACUACGAUAGAGCGGCUCGACGUAUCAACGACCUCGAGAAGGAGAAUGCCGAUAUCAAAGCUAAAUACGAGAACGCCUCCAUUCAAGGGGCUCAGAGAGAGAAACAAAUCACGGACCUCAAGAAACAGCUUCAGGACGCUGAGAAUAGUCUGAAGGAAGCAACGAUUGAAAACGCGUCGCUCCGGAACACUGUCGAGAGCCUAAAAGAUGAUACCAAAUUCAUAAGGGAGACCCACGAGAGGGAACUACACCAAGCCCGUACUCUUACUGAGGAGGAGAUAACCGAGAUCAAUCAACAAGCCCGAGUUAAUGCCGAUUCGAUUAUCCAAGAAAAGAUCGAGGAUUUCCGCCGUAUCUACGAGAUCGAGAAACGUGAAGCGCGCGCAGAGUUCGAGAAGGAGCUCGCGCAUCGGCUCGCUGACUAUGUGCCUGCGGCCGAUUACGUUCACGCCCAGAGUCAGUUGAAAACUUUAAGUCAAGAGCUGACUCAGGUCAGGAGCGACCUCAACGAGAAGCGACGUCUUCUUGAGCAGGAACGAGCGUGGAACGCCCAACAGCUGAGACAGAAGGACGAUCUCAUUCGUGACGGCAAUGAACGCUUCCGAAAUCUCCAGAAGGAGUUCGAUGAUAUCGUCGACGUCAAGAAGAGUCUGCAGAAAGAACUCGAUACUUACAGAGUUCUGCUCGAGCAAGAAGAAUCGCGUCUCAAUAUCACUACGCCGAGCUCUUCUCCGGCCUCGAUCUUGUCAUCAUCGUCCCGCAAGAGGAAACGUCUUUCCUCUGCAUUCGAUUCGACCGAGAGCCACGGGGACGUUGAAUGCGUCCACGAGAGCGUCGGGCCGCUCAAUAUCGUUGAUCACGACGUCCUGCACGGGAAACAAGUCACUUUGGAGAACACUUCCGAGGAGGACAUCCAGCUCGGGGGGUGGAAAAUUACACACAAGAGCGGAGCCCACGAGGCCGCCCACAAGUUCCCGCAGAGGUUCCGUAUCAAAGCGAAAAGCAAAAUGACUUUGUGGUCAUCGGAUUCGGGCGCUUCUCACAACCCGCCGUCCGACUACGUCCUCAAGGGGAUUCGUUUCCCACCGGACGAGAACCAAACAGGGGACAUCGAGGUGACGACAACCAUUCUCAAUCAAGAGGACGCGGAGAUGGCCAAGCGCGUCAGCAAGCAACGCAGAUUUGUCACAAGAACAAGACGCAGUCAUCUCUCGCCCCAGCAGAGGGUGAGUUUCGCACCCGGCGAGGUGUUCCACACGGAUGGGAACAACACUGGAAUGGACGAUUCCCGUUGUUCCGUUAUGUAG